AUGAAGCUUUCCUUGCUUGCAUGUUUGGUUCUCCUCUCUAUCUCUAGCAUAUCAUGCAAUGCUAAUUACCAAACUAACAACCUCAUUAAGAAGUUGAUUAAGUCUCGCAAAUCUGCUGGAAACCCUAAAUCAUGGGAUGGCUUAUACUCUCCUGUGUACGUUGGCUCCCAAGAAGGGUCAAUGGAGGCUGAUAAGAUUGAGGCUUUGCCAGGGCAACCAGCUGGAGAAGUAAAUUUCAAUCAAUAUGCAGGCUAUGUUACUGUGGACCCUACAGCUGGGAGAGCUUUGUUCUACUACUUUGUCGAGGCAAAUAAUUCUUCAAGCAAUCCUCUGGUGCUAUCGUUACAUGGAGGACCUGGAGGAUGCUCGGCUUUUGGAUAUGGAGCCUUACAAGAACUGGGACCAUUCAGAGUCGGCAACGAUAACAAGACACUAAUUCCUAAUGAUUAUGCUUGGAACAACGCGGCAAACGUCCUCUUCUUGGAGACUCCAUUAGGAACUGGGUUUUCGUAUUCGAACACAUCGUCUGACUACGACAACGUGGGUGAUGAGAUCACGGCCCAGGACUCUUAUGCAUUUCUUGUGAACUGGCUGGAGAGAUUUCCUCAAUACAAAGACAGUGAUUUCUUCAUCACUGGGGAGAGCGAUGCUGGUCAUUACGCACCUGAACUAGCUUACACCAUUCUCUCCAACAACAACAUCACAAACCAAACAAAAAUCAAUCUCAAAGGAGUUGCUAUUGGGAAUCCUUUUAUCGAUCUUGAUACCGCUCUACUGGCCCUUUAUGAUAAUUUGUGGACACAUGCUUUGAACUCUGACGAAACUAAUGCAGGGAUACAUAAAUAUUGUAACGUUACUGACUUAGGAGGUAAGCAAUCCAACGUGUGUGGUGAAUACGUGCAACAAGCAAUCGAGGAGGUUGAUGAUUUUGAUCCAUGCUCCGAAAUCUAUGUCGAGAGCUAUCUAAACCUUCCCGAGGUGCAGGCAGCUCUUCAUGUUAAACCUACAAAGUGGUCAGCUUGCAGUGGAGACGCCGAUGGGUUCUUGUCAGUCACAUCUUCUAGAUACGCCCUGCACAUCCUCAACUUACCCAUCAAGACUCCAUGGAGGUCAUGGUACUCUAAUAAGGAAGAGGUUGGAGGAUAUGUGGUUGGGUACGAAGGGUUGACGUUUGCUACUGUGAGGGGAGCUGGGAUCAUGGUUCCCAGCAACCAACCUCAACGAGCACUCACCUUGAUCUCAUCAUUCCUUGAGGGAAAGCUUCCUCCUUCCCCCUACUAA